AUGAUAUUACUAAUGAAAAAUUUGUUCAUUUUGAGGGAUUCAAAUAGAGUGAUUGCGUGCAACGAUGUGAUAGUCUUGGUCUCUAGUAUAACCCAGACGCCGUCAUUUCCCGCGCUGACCAACUUUGGCCAGUGCCGCGGAGGUCCCCAAAACAGGUUUCGGCGUACGUUCGGCCGCCAUUCUAAGAAAGUGGCCAACGGCCAAAUCACCAAUUCACCCGUCGCCAACCUAUACCACGCGUAUCAAAUAGUGAAAGCAAAUACUAUUCCCGAUGAAAACAUAAUUAUCAUGCAUUACGACGAUAUCGCUAACAAUAGGCAAAACAAAUAUCCGGGAAAGGUUUACAACGGGGCAACCGGUCAUAACGGCACUGAUGUCUAUCACGGCGUACACAAGCAUUACACCGGCAAAGAGGUUACACCCGAAAAUUUUCUGAAAAAAUUGUCCCGAGACAAGGGCCUGAAAAAGGCCGGCAUGAGAGUAUUGAAGAGUGGACCAAACGAUCACGUGUUUAUAUUUUAUGAUGACCAUGGUGGUCCCGAUUUUGUCGCCUUCUUCGACAAAUAUUUAUACAAUGAACCCCUAAUGAAAACGCUGAACCAAAUGCACCAAGAUAAGAAAUACGCCAAAUUAGUUUACGUUAAUUCAAAUAAACCAAUACAAUACAAUACAAAAUCAUAUUCAUGUUACAACCCAAUGAUACUGUACAAUGGCUGGGAUGUGGUGGACCGGCCACUAACCGAUUACCUCAAUCAAAUGACCGAGAUGGAAGGCAGUAAAAUGACCGAGCUAUUUGCAGCGCUAAACGUGUUUGGCGAAGUUAUAUUGUCGGCCACACGCAGAAUUAUGAAUAGAUUUUCUAAAGAUGUGAGCGCCAUCGACGAGGUGCUGCCUAACGUGUUGUACAAAAUGAACUUGUAUCUAUUUAAUUUACGCAUUAAAGGUCGUAUGCAGUUCUGCAAUAUGGUGUCUAUUAAUUAA